UCACAUUCGCGAGCCGAGCGGUUAGUCACGUGGCAGCUGCGGUCAUGUGACUCUCGGGCGGGGAGAAAAGUUUACUUUACUUCUUGUUGCUGGUUUGUGGCGCUGACUGAGCGCGAGCUUUGCUUCGGCUGCGUGAGGCGUCGGACAGCGAGAGAGACGAGCGCGAGAUGCAGCCCCGCGUGGCCCUGCUGCGUGCCCUCGCGUGCGCGAGCCUGUGCGUGAGCCUGUUCGCGGUGCGCGAGGCGCGCGCCGACACCCCCGCCAACUGCACGUACGAGGACCUGAUCGGAACCUGGGUCUUCCAUGUGUCCAAGGGGGGGCAGGACCGGCACGUGGACUGCGCCAACAUGGGUCCGUCGGUGAAGACCGUCACGGUCCACCUGGAGAAGCUGUCCGUGGCCUCGGAUGACCUGGGCAACCAGGGCUUCUUCACACUCGUCUACAACCAGGGCUUCGAGGUGGUUCUCUCCGACUACAAGUGGUUCGGCUUCUUCAAGUACAGUCAAGAUGAGCAGAACGUCACCAGCCUCUGUGACCGGACAAUGCCGGGGUGGGUUCACGACGUUCUGGGCAAUAACUGGGCGUGCUUCGUGGGAAAGAAGGUGACCCACGUUCCCCCUCGGACCGUCGCCAACCCACCGGGCCUCAAGGAGAUGGCGUUCUUCAACCGCCCCUACAAGGAGAGCGAGGAGCUUGUGAGGGCCAUCAAUAUGGCUCAGAGCUCAUGGAUGGCCACGGUCUACGGCGAGCAUGAGAUGUUCACCUUGGAGCAGAUGAUCAGGAGAACUGGUGGGCGGAGCUCCAGGGUUCCCAGACGCGUGAAGCCGGCUCUGAUGACUGCUGAGGUGGCCAAGCUGGUUGCUGGUCUCCCUGAACACUGGGACUGGAGAAAAGUCAAUGGUGUGAACUACGUGAGCCCGGUUCGCAAUCAGGCCUCCUGCGGGAGCUGCUACUCGUUCGCCACCAUGGGGAUGCUGGAGGCCCGGGUCCGUAUCCUGACCAACAACACGCAGCAGCCCAUCUUCAGCCCCCAGCACGUGGUCUCCUGCUCCCAGUACUCCCAAGGGUGCGACGGCGGCUUCCCGUACCUCAUCGGGAAGUACGUGCAGGACUUUGGCGUCGUCGAAGAGAGCUGCUUCCCUUACGAGGCCCAGAACUCACCAUGCAUCGUAAAGGAUGGCUGCGUGCGCCACUACGCGUCGGACUACCACUAUGUGGGCGGCUUCUACGGCGCAUGCAAUGAGGCCCUCAUGAUGCUGGAGCUGGUGCGGGACGGCCCCCUGGGCGUGGCCUUCGAGGUUUACCGGGACUUCCUUAACUACAAGGGGGGAAUCUACCAUCACACGGGUGUCACAGGCUCCUUCAACCCAUUCGAACUGACCAACCACGCCGUACUGCUCGUCGGCUACGGAAAGUGCCAGAAGACAGGCCAGAAGUACUGGAUCGUGAAGAACAGCUGGGGCACCGGCUGGGGUGAGGACGGCUACUUCCGCAUCCGCCGCGGCUCCGAUGAGUGCGCCAUCGAGAGCAUCGCCGUUGCCGCCAAGCCCAUCCCCCAGCUGUAGGCACCGCUGCUUCUAACGCUUAAAUUGCUGUGAUAUUACCAGGCAGGAGAGGAUUUAAAGGGAAUUAAGGGGUGUGAAAUUUCCCCUUUUUUAAAUGUGUGAGAAAGAAUGAGGGAGAGAGAACAUGUGCUAACAGGGAAGUUUGUGUCCAACUGGAACCAGGUCUUUAUUUUGCACAUGAUUUCCAUUUGCCCUUUGGUACCUGGUUGGGAAAGUUGAAAAAUGCAAUCAAAGGAGAAAUGCUAAAAUCCUCAAAUCACUGCACACACAAAGUAUUGCUGUUUUGUUGUUUUAAUUCAUUGGCAAUUGUACACGUAUUUUUCCCAUGUGCUCAAAUCUCAGGAAAUUAAGUUCAUGCGAAGUUUGACAGUUGAAGGGAAGUCAAGUGUGGGACCAUUUCACUAAAGUUUAAGGUUCCUGCUGUCAUUUUAAAGGCUGAAAUAUUUGUUUUAACAGGAUAAACUUAAUGAAAAUGGGCCUUUUGGCUUGAAACUUUUGUGUGUCUGGCAUGAAAUGAGACGAUCACUUUGGUUUGAUCCAAGAAAAAAAAUCAGAAUUGACUUUUAACUUGUUUGCAUUAUUGUUUUGAAAUAAAUGUGCUUUAGUACCACCCUGUGAAAAAA